CUUCACGAUCGAACCAAUGCGCUUAUUCGUGUGUGAGCCCAAGAGCUAGCUAGACAUCGUCUCGUACCUCCGUGGAGUGCAUUGGUCGGCAAGGCGGUAAACAAACAAAGCGUGACACUUAUCCGGUCACUCGGGGGUGAAAAUACCGACGGUGUGGUGUAACGUGCAGCUCCGCUUCAGAACCGGCACCAAACAUGCGAUACUCUAGGUGGCCACUGUUACCCCUGCUGCUGGUGCUGGCCGUCCAGCAGUGUGCCGGCCAGCGGGAAGUGUUUCGGCUGUUCGCGAACUGUCGCUACGGCAAGCCCAACUUUGAUCCGUGCAUCAAGAAAGCGUUCAACGCGCUGCGACCAUGGUUUAAGACAGGUUUACCCGAGUUUAACGUGGCUCCGUUCGAUCCGCACCGGGCCGAAUUCAUCGAGCAGCGGCGGGGCGAUCUCGGCGGGCUCGGCGGCUACCGGUUGCUGCUGUCCAACGUGUCCGAGUACGGGUGGAUGCAGUCGGAGGUGACCAAGUACCGGACCGAGCCGAAGCACGACCGCAUCGUGUACUCGCAGUUCUUCCCGGAGAAAUCGCUCGACGGCGGCUACGACUUCCAGUCGAAGAUACUCGGCCUGCCGCGCCAUACGCGGGGCGUGUGGAAUCUGACGCUGUACAACUACAGCCAGACGACGACGGUGACGCGCAUCGGUGGGCCAGGGGGACUGCUGAAGGUGCGGGUCGAGAUCGACAAGAUCGGUGAUAUGAAGCUGCACAUCUCCGACCUGUUUCAUGGGGCGAAAAUAAUCGAAUCAAUUGCCGACUUUUUCAUCAACACGAUGUGGCAACCGAGCUUCCCGUUCAUCAAGCCCCUGAUCAACGAUCUCGUCAGCGUCGCCUUUACGGACAUCUUCAACGAAUCGUUCCGGUACUUCCCGCUGGAUCAGGUGAUACGAAGCUAAAAAGGGAAAUGCAACACAAUCACACGCCGCCAUUUCGUCCUGCAUGGCGAAUCUUCGAAUGUGAUAAGCUUUACUUUGUAAAAAUAAAACAACUUUUCUACUUGUACGUUUGGUAAUAAAAAGAAAGCUCCGUGGGUUAGGAGAGCUACAACUGUCAAAACGAAAAGUAGGGAAAUCCCAACAAGCUUU